GCAGCUUCGCCCGGAAGUUAAUCCUCGGGUGCCGAGCGCGAACUUGUGAAGAUGAACCCUUUAACUAAAGUGAAGCUGAUCAACGAGCUGAACGAGCGAGAGGUCCAGCUUGGGGUGGCGGAUAACGUGUCCUGGCACUCCGAGUAUAAAGACAGCGCCUGGAUCUUUCUAGGAGGGCUUCCUUAUGAACUGACUGAAGGGGAUAUCAUCUGUGUGUUCUCACAAUAUGGGGAGAUUGUUAACAUUAAUCUUGUGCGAGACAAGAAGACUGGGAAAUCCAAAGGGUUCUGUUUCCUCUGCUAUGAAGACCAGAGGAGCACAGUUCUGGCUGUUGACAAUUUUAAUGGGAUCAAGAUAAAAGGAAGAACUAUUCGUGUGGAUCACGUGUCUAACUAUCGGGCUCCUAAGGACUCAGAAGAAGCGGAUGAUGUGACCAAAGAAAUCCAGGAGAAGGGCUGUGGAGCUGACACCCCCUCAUUGAGUUCAUCUGAGAGUUCUGAAGAUGACAAACCUACAAAAAGGCACAAAAAAGAGAAAAAGGAAAAAAAGAAAAGAAAGAAAGACAAAGAGAAGACUGACAGGGAGGUAAAGGCAGAGCAGCCAUCCUCUUCAUCUCUCAAAAGCAAGACAAUAAAAGAAAAGGAUGACCCUGUCCCUAAGAAGCAGAGCAGUAAGAACUCAGAGAAGGUUCAGAAGUCUGAAUCCAGAGAGGGACAGAAGCACUACCCACGUUCCCCUGAUGUCAGGACUUCCUGCCAUGGUAGAGGAGAGGGCCCAGAGAGGGAACUCAAGAAGGAGAAACUCAAGCAUGAGCACAAGCCCUCAAGCAGGAAGGAGGCAAGAGAAGACAAGAAUAGGGAUAGGGAUAGAGGGCGAAGCUCAGACACACAUUCUAGCCGGCGCAGUGGGCAUUCUGAAAGGUGGAGUCACCGAAGUAGAAGUAGAAGCCAUGGGCGUUCUGAAAGGUGGAGUCACCGAAGUAGAAGUAGAAGCCAUGGGCGUUCUGAAAGGUGGAGUCACCAAAGUAGAAGUAGGAGCCAUGUGUAUCCUGAAAGGUGGAGUCACCGAAGUAGAAGUAGGAGCCAAGAUAAAUCCCGUAGACCCAAAAAGGUCCUACGCUCCCAGGAGCGGGAGACUUCCGAUCCCAGUGAUCACAGGCGGCACUGAGCCUGUUCCAGCUGCCUGGUUAAUUUGAAAAUGAACUGUUUUUAAAAAAUGUAAUCAAAUUCAGUUGUGCUGUUAAUAUUUCCAUAUAUAAAAUCUUUGUGACUGAAUUCUUUUAAUCCCUUGUAUAGUAGAUUUGUUGAGAAGAUUGUAAUUUCAACAGCCAGAUAUCUUGAAUUUUUUGGUGCAGUCCAUUGUCCCUGGGAAUAUACUUGAUACUUAGAGUAUGUGUCCUAAAUUUUGGUUCAUAAAUACGGUCCUUGAACCCAUAGACCAAUUUGAGGUGAAAUUGCCAGAAAGGGAAAAUACCAGAUAAUUCUAGAAUUGUAUUGAUUUUGGUAGGUGUUUAGAACCCAGGAUUAUAGGACCUUUUCAGUUGGCUGGUGGAACUAUAUAGAAGUGUGGCUUCAUAGGGAUUGGUAGGGUUUCUAAAAUUAGCCAGUUCCCUCCCUUGCUCUCCCUUGAAAAACACUUUUUAAAUACCUUUUUUUGGUUGUUUUGUGGUUGAUAAAUCUUUCUGCAUCUUUUUCCUUAUUAUUUAUUUAUUUAUUUAUUUGUAUUGAGGUGAAAUUCGCAUAACAUAAAAAAGUGAACUAUUUUAAAUACUUCAGUGGCAUUUGGUAAUUGACAGUGUUGUACAACCACCACCUCUAAUUCCAAAAUAUUUAUAUCACCCCCAAAUGAAACUCUUUACCCAUUAAGCAAUAACUCUUCAUUCUUUUCUUUUCCCAGUCCUUGGCAACUGUCAGUAUGUUUUCUAUUUCUCUGAAUUUACCUCUUUUGGCUAUAAAGUGAAAUCAUACAAUAGUGGCCUUUUAUGUCUGGCUUCUUUCACCUAGUAUGUUUUCAUGGUUUGGCCAUAUCACAGCAUGUGGCAGUACUUCUUUUUUUUUUUUUUUUUUUUGAAACGGGUUUGUUUUAUCUUGUCUAAGGCUGGUCUCUUAAUUCAUGGGCUUACGUGAUCCUCCCACCUUAGCCUCCCAAGUAACUGGGACUGCAGGUGUGUACUACCAUGCCUGGCUCACACUUCAUUCCUUUUUAUGGCUGCAUAAUAUCCCAUUGUACAGAUUAUAACAUUUUGUUUAUGGAUGGAUAUUUGAGUUGUUUGUACCUUUUGGCUAGUCACCUCCCUUUUUGUGUUCCAGUUAUAUUAGGCUUCCUUCUGGGCUUAGUUCACUUUUUCAAGUAGCAAUUCUUGUAAUGAUGGGAACACUCGUCAGCCCUGGUUGUCUUAGCAGUUCUUUCUUAUUGUCAGUCUUAGUUUUCUUAUUAGUCUAAAAUAUUUCCUUGGUUGGAACAUUCACAGAACCUUUAAUGUUUCUGCUCAUUUGUUAAAAUUCAGUUUCUUUUUUUUUGAAAUCCUGAGCUCCUUUUUAGCUUCUUUUCUUUUUAAAAAAAUUUUGUUCAUUGUUUUUAGAUAUAUAUGACAGCAGAGUGUAUUUUGACAUAUUAUACAUAGAUGGAGUACAUCCCAUUGCAAUUAGGAUUUCAUUCUUGUGGUUGUACAUAAUGUGGAGUUAUACUGGUUGUGUAUUCAUUUAUGAGCAAAGGAAAGAUAUGUCCAGUUCAUUCUACUGUCUUUCCUAUUCCCUUACCCCUUCCCUUUUCU